AACAGUCCUCGUGAAAGAGAUGAUAUGAAUCAAGGGACGUUUAGCCAACGGGACAUUCAGGUCGAUGGGCAAAUGCUUUCCAAGUUGACCAUAACGCCACAGCCACAAUCCCCGCCUCCGCCUCCGCCUGCUUCUCGCCCGAGUGUCAGUUUCUUGGAUGAUGCUCAGCAUAAUACUGAUAUGGACCACGGCGACAGGCGUGAAGAUACUUACGAGCCUGGUGAAAUUGGCUCGCGAUCGGCUAAUCCAGCACCGAAAAGGAAACGAACCUCUCGCGGUAAGGGUAGACGAAGAAAGCGGGCAAAUGGUCAAUCUGGACCUAAUGUUCCUGGAGAGCCGUCCAGACCAGGAGAUCAAUCUAGGCCUCGAGAGCGAUCUCGGCCUCGAGAACAGUCGCCGAUUCGAAACCGCUCACAGUACUGGAGCCCUUCGAUAAACACUCGUUCUCCCAGGGACAUGCAUAGUGGUGUGUCUCGUCGAGAAUUACCAUCCCGGGGUCGGCAAGAGCGCGACUGGCAACCCAGAUCUCGUCCUCCCUCUCCGCGUUAUCGCCCAAUGGGUUACGGGGACCAGAGAGUGCGUGAUUCGCGAGCAAGAUCUCGAUCCCAAAGUCCGCGUCGACAGAGUUCCGGGUAUCACCAAUAUCGCAACCCACGAGAGACAUAUCGCUAAGUCUAAGAAUCCCUACUAUAAAGUUACUACGCUCCGGAAAUUUUAGUGUAGAUGGAACCAGUUAAGAUAGUUAAUAGCCAUGCG